AUGACAGAGGCCCAGUCAGUUUUGUUUCUGCUGUUUGCAGUGAUACAAUUUCUUUUGGGGAUUUUUGCCAACGGAAUCAUUUUGGUGGGAAAUGGCAUUGAUUUGGUCAAGGAGAGAAAACUGACUCCACUGCGUCUUCUGCUUUCUUGUCUGGCAGGUUCAAGGAUUUGCCUGCAAUCAUUCCUUUUCUAUUUAGAUCUGGUUGUUUUGUUCUUGACACAAGUAUCUGCAAUGUUUGAAAUUUUUGUGAUUAUAUUCUUCAUUAAUAAACUGGGACUUUGGUUGGCCACGUGGCUUGGUGUUUUCUACUGCAUCAAGAUUACCACCUUCCACCACCCGCUUUUCUGGUGGCUGAAGAGGAGGAUACCUGGGAUGGUCCCGUGGCUGGUGGCGAAAUCCCUGCUCUACGCGGCCGUCUUUUCUGGGAUUUACAGCAAGUACACAUGGGUGAUUUCCCAAUCAUUGCUUCAGAAAUUUUCCUCUAAAAAUGCAACAGGUCAAAUCAAGGAACCAUCUGCUUUGUCUUUCUGCCUGUUCAUCACCGGGCUCUCAUUCCCAUUCCUUGUCUUCCUUAUUGCCACACUGCUCUUGACUUUUUCUCUAUUGAGACACACCUGGCACAUGACAACCUUUGUAGCUGGCACCAGAGACCCAGGCCGGAGUGCCCACAUCAGUGCAUUGUGGUCAGUGCUGUCCUUCUUCGUCCUCUACUUCUGCCAUUACAUAGUGGCUCUUCUGCUUUCCUCUCAUAUUUUCCCACCAGGAAGCCUCAUGUUUCUAUUGUGCCUCUUGAUUUCUGGCAUCUACUCCUCUGGACACUCUGUCAUCUUGAUUUUGGGGAAUCCAAAACUAAAACGAAAUGCUAAGAGGCUUCUCUGCCCCUGUGAUCAUUUCUAA